AUUGAAACGAAUCUCGCAGUGUUGGGGUAUGACGUUUUCGAGGCGGUUAAUAAGAGUAUAUGCGUAUACCUAAUCUAUGGUGCGCAAUUAAAAUAUAAUAUUUUCACUGCAAAGUAGUCACCUAUUCGGUGUUAGACUUAAAUUACAGCAAGUAAAACUAUUGAAAUCGAACUUUUAUAUAUAACUUUUAACCAUGCAAUCGUUCAAACUGGAAAAAUGUCUGCUAACCGUCAUCACUCUAGCAACUAUUGUUGUUACCACGUGUGAUUACGCCACCUGCUUGGAGUCCUCACGCAGAAUCAAGGAAUAUGGCUAUCCCCUGAUGACGUAUCAAGUCUGGACCGCUGACAAAUAUCAGUUGGGAAUAGAGCGAAUUCCGUACAGCAAACUCCGUAGCAACGCAUCUACCGGCAAACCAGUCUUGUUAUUGCACGGCUUGUACUUAUCGUCGGCUAUAUUCACAAUAAACAACUCGUCACUUAGUUUCGUUCUAUCGGAUGCCGGUUUUGAUGUCUGGCUGUUCAACGCCAGAGGUGUUGGUCUUUCGAGAAAACUCAGUAUUUAUAAGAAGCCUGGAUCGUCGCCAAAAAUGAAUAGCAUAUCAUGGGACUUCAGUUUUCAUGAAAUGGGUGUAUACGAUAUGACCACUACUAUAGAUUUCAUCCUAAAAACUACCGGAUAUUCUAAAUUGGACGUGGUGGGCUACUCCCUUGGAACAACAAUAUCGCUGGCAUGUCUAACCGAUAGACCCGAAUACAAUUCUAAAAUCAACAAACUUGUACUCAUGGCUCCUACGUCCAGGCUUAAAUCAUCAGGCAUGCCGCUCAACAUCGCAAAACAAUUUUCCACUAUCUUAAAAAUUUUCCUAGACGGAAUUAAUUUCUUUCCGAUUACAAAUGAUCCUGACACCACGUACCAAUUAAUUAGACGUUUGUGUACAAUUAAAACCGCCUUUAAAUAUUGCAGACAAUUUAUUGAUUUCGCUCAAGGAAUAAAUUUACCGAUGCACAAUGACACAGUUUUAGACAUCGUUUCCGAAUUUCCACAGCCGAUGUCUUCCAAGACUUUAAAACACAUGUUGCAAUUACUGACAUCUGGGAGAUUUAACCAUUAUGACUAUGGACCUUCUGAAAACUUGUUACGCUACCGGACAAGAACGGCACCGGAUUACGAUCUGUCCAGGGUUACUGCUCCUACGUACGUUAUAUAUUCCAAAGAGGAUACCCUAGUCCAUCCAGUGGAUGUGAAUUGGCUCAUAACUCAGUUACCAAACAUUAAGGAUGUACACUACAUUGACAAAAUACCAUUUGGUCAUUUCAGUUUUUCAUUAAGUCCAAAUAUGAAGGAAGUUGUGAAUAUGUACAUAACAAAUAAAUUAUUAGACAACAAUAUAAUAUGAUGAUGAAAAUCAAAUGUAUUAUAAUGAUGUAUAAAGUAAACUUAUUGUAAGCAAAGUACCUAAUAGCUACCUUAUUUUUUUUAGACUUGUAUAAAAUUUCAAAUGUAUUAUUUGUAUUUAUUGUAUUAUAUUGUGAAUGGAUGUCUAUUUUAAUAAUAAAUAUUUAAUAUCACUAUAACUUUAA